GUAACAUAAAAAAAACAGUCCUUUUUAAUACUCCACUCCCCUCCCUACAGGCUCUCUUCCCAAAGCUCCUUGUCUCAAAAACACAAGUACCUAACCUAUCCCUAUUUUCUUUCUCCAUUCUUGCCCUGCUCCACUACAUACAUAGAAAUCCAUUCUUAAACUAAACUACAUUGUACUGUAUUAUUGUUCAAGGAGUGAGUUCAUUCAUUCAUUCAUUCUCAGAUUCAAGUAUGAUAUGAACAUUUUCAAUCACAAACCAGACAACUACACUGGUUAAAGUUCUUGUUUUUUUCCACACCCAAAAAAAAAAACAAAAAGAAAAAAAAAAAUCAACUUUUCCACUUACAAACCAAAUUCAAAGUUCGAGACAUUUCACUUUUUGCAGAAACCUCCACUACCCUUCUUCACUUCUGAUCUCACAACAUGGACCCAACAAAAACCAAACCAUAAAAAUACUACCUUUAUUCUUCUACCUACAACAAUUUUGUGUCUGUGUUUUCUUUGAUCUAGUUAAGAAAAAUGGGUUGUUGUUAUUCAAGAGUAGAGAGGGAAGAAACAGUGUCACAUUGCAAAUCAAGAAAACGUUACAUGAAACAGUUGGUUGAAGCAAGACAUGCUUUUUCAGCUGCACAUGUUAUGUACAUUCGAUCUCUUCGUUCAACUGGUUCUGCUUUGUUUCACUUUGCAAACGCUGAAAAAACCACUCAUCUUAACCACCAUCUUCCUCCUGAGCCACAACCCAUUCUUCCACCUCCGCCGCCGCGUGCUCCGUCGUCAAUGCCACCGCCUCCACCACCACCGAUGAGUCCUAGUUUAAGUUCUUAUACUUGGACUUCUGGGACAGGUUCAUCUCCUCUUCCUCCACCGCCUCCGCCGCCACCUCCGCCGCCGGUGAUGUCCUCCGGUUGGGAUUUCUGGGAUCCUUUCAUGCAACAACCGCCUCCUCCUCCUUCGUCGAGGUCGGCGACUGAGGAAGAGUGGGAAGCUACUACUACUACUGGCUCUGAGGUGGUUGUGAAUGUGAUGGCUGGUGGUGCGGCGGCGAGUAUGUCCACUCCGGCUUCUGGGGUGGUAGGGUUUUCUAAGGAAACAUCAAGUGAACUUGCAAUGGUGGUUUCUAGAAAUAGUAAAGAUCUGGUUGAAGUUAUCAAAGAGCUUGAUGAUUACUUUCUUAAAGCUGCUGAUGCUGGUUCUCAUGUUUCAUAUCUGUUACAAGUUCCAAGUUCUGGUUUUUCUGAUCAUAGUAAAGCAAGUAAAAUGUACGGAAAUGGAUGGAGUUUGAGUCCAUCAAUGUGGGCUUGGGGUUCUUCAAGUCCUAAACUGAAUGGAUUUGGGAAAUUGACUCAGGAGGUUUCUGUUGGUAGCUUUAGGGCUAAUGGUGUUGGAAAUGGUGGACAUUGCUCUACUUUGGAGAGACUAUAUGCAUGGGAGAAGAAAUUGUACCAAGAAGUCAAGAAUGCUAAAACAAUAAAGAUGGAACAUGAGAAGAAAGUGGCAAUGGUAAGGAAGUUAGAGAUGAGAAGUGCUGACUAUUUGAAGACGGAAAAGGCAAAGAAAGAAGUGGAGAAAUUAGAAUCACAAAUGAUGGUUGCUUCCCAAGCCAUAGAAAGUACAUCAGCUGAAAUCAUCAAAUUAAGGGAGAUAGAGCUCUACCCUCAACUCAUUGAGCUUGUCAAAGGGUUGAUGUGCAUGUGGAGAAGCAUGUAUGAGUGUCAUCAAGUUCAGAAACACAUAGUUCAACAACUUGAAUACCUUAAUACCAUUCCAUCAAACAACCCUACAUCUGAAAUUCAUAGACAAUCAACACUUCAGCUGGAGCUUGAAGUACAGCAAUGGCACCAAUCCUUUUGCAACCUCUUCAAAGCUCACCGUGACUACAUUGAAUCCCUCACAGGUUGGUUAAGGCUCAGCCUUUACCAGUUUAGCCGAAACCCUCUUAGCAGAACCGCCGAAGAGUCAAAAUUGUACACCCUCUGCGAACAAUGGCACCUUGCUGUCGAGCAUAUACCUGACAAGGUAGCGUCCGAAGGAAUAAAAAGUCUGUUGACGGUUAUUCAUGCGAUUGUAGUUCAACAGAUGGAAGAGCAUAAACAAAAGAAGAAGUCGGAUUAUGCAUUCAAAGAGUUUGAGAAGAAGGUGGUUCAACUUAGAUCCUUGGAGUGCAAGUAUGGUCCAUACUCCAUGUCGGAACAGUCUGUUUCGAUGAGAAGAAUGAAAGACCCUGUCGUGGAGAAGCGAGCUAAGGUGGAAGCCUUUAGAGCGAAGGCUGAAGAAGAGAAGACGAAACAUGAAAAGGCAGUGAGUGUAACGAGGGCAAUGACACUAAAUAACUUGCAAAUGGGUUGUCCUCAAGUUUUUCAAGGGAUUGUAGGGUUUUCAAGUGUGUGCAGGGAGGCUUUUGAGUCUGUGUACAACAAAGCUAAAGUUGCUGAACAGGAGCGCGAUGUGAAGAGAAUAUUACCGUAGGAGAAUUGACAUGGACUUGUAUAGAUGAUCAAUCACCCUUUUGCUUAUAUGACUUGUAGAUUGCAAUGUAGCACUAAUACUUAAAAUUGAAGUCGUGUUUUAUGUCCAAUACUGACACGACGCCAACACAUUCAAAUAUUUCACUUUUUCAAAUUA